AUAUAUUUAGAGAGAGAGAGGGAGAUUUAUGAAUUCUCGAAAUCAUUUCCCAAAAUUCUAACCCCAAAAGAAAAUGGGCCCUCCGAAGAAACACUUCAUCCCUUUCCUCAUCCUCCUUGUCUUUUGCAUCCUCCUCCUCCUUUACUCCCCUCACCCGAAUUCCAUCUCUACCCAAACACUUCCUCUAAAUCCCCAGUCUAUCGCCACCACCAGAGCCGCCUCCGCCAUCCGAUCAUUUUCCCUCUCUAUCAAAGUCCUCACUUUUAACCGCCUCAAUUCCCUCACCCGCUGCCUCACCUCCCUUUCCAAAGCCCACUACGACCCCGACCUCCCAGUCCACCUCCACAUCUUCAUCGACCACUUCCCUAACCAAUCCAAAUCCGACAUCAACCUCAAACUUAAUGAGUCACUCGGAGUUCUGCGGUUCAUUGACGGGUUUGAGUGGAAAUGGGGUCAAAAGAUCGUUCAUUACAGAACCGCCAAUGUGGGUCUUCAGGCUCAAUGGUUAGACGCCUGGUGGCCUAUUUCUGAUGAUGAGUUCGCCUUUGUCGUGGAAGAUGAUUUGGAGCUUUCUCCAUUAUAUUUUAAGUAUUUGAAAGCUUUGAUAUUGAAUUUUUAUUACAAUUCUUCCAAUUUUAGUCCUUAUGUUUAUGGAGCUUCCCUUCAGCGACCAAGGUUUGUUCCAGGUAAACAUGGGAACAAGAUGCUACUGGAGAGUACCACGGGACUUUUCUUCUACCAACUGGUUGGCACUUGGGGCCAGCUUCUCUUUCCAAAGCCUUGGAAAGAGUUCAGGUUGUGGUAUGAUGAUCACAAGGCGAAAAACAUCAAGCCAUUUCUUGAUGGGAUGGUUACCACGGGUUGGUACAAAAAGAUGGGAGAAAGAAUAUGGACUCCUUGGUUCAUUAAAUUUAUUCAUUCUCGUGGCUAUUUUAAUAUCUACACGAAGUUUCCAGAUGAGAAAUCACUUAGCGUCUCUCACAGGGAUGUUGGUGUUAACUACGGAAAAACAGCAGGGCCAGAUUCUCAACUGUUGGAUGCAAAUUCUUUUGAUUCCCAUUUUCGAGAAAUGAAAUCUUUGAGUUCUAUGAAGUGGUAUGACUUCUGUUUCAGGGAAGUAGUUCCGGGAAGAAUGGCAAGGCACUUGAAUGAUCUGGAGUCUAUUCUUCCCUCAGUGCAGGCCAAGGAAACCUUUCUGCUUGUUAGCCUAUUUGGGGUGUCGGAGACAAUUACUAGAAACCUUCUUUGCAACUUUGAGAGCCAAAAUAUUUGGAAUUACAUUUUGAUCGGCCCUGCAACUGACUUUAUGUUUGAUCUUGCUCGAAGGGGACAUCCUGUGAUUGAUGCAGACCGAUUUCGCAACAGUAUAAGAUCAUCUGAAUCAAUGAGAAUUCUAGAGUCAAACGAAAGGUUUAUGAAUGAAAUUCUAUUGAAGGCUUAUGUUGUCAAAAAAGGUUUAGAAUUUGGUUAUAAUACUUGGGUAUUGGAUGGAGACAUGGUUUUUGUCAAUAAUAACCUGUUUCAUGAGUCUAUUGAUCCGACAGACUUCUAUGCAGGAGAGAGCUUGGACGUUUUUUUUGUCAAGCACUCACCUACUACUCACGAAAUAUGGACUGAUGAUUUUCUGUAUUAUAUUGGAGUCGUGGUGGUUAAAGCUUUGCCGCCAGGAGAUGGCAGAAAUUUCGCAUCUGUAAUGACAAAACAAUUGAAACAGAAGGGAAUUAGAUAUAAGCGAAUUGAUGAGAAAAGCCUGGGCAUGAAAAUCGGUAACCAAAAUCUCAAUCAAACCUUGGAGACUAAUAAAAACGUGGUUUACUGGGAUAAAGAGUUGGACAUGAAUUCCAUUCAGAAGCAGCUUCAAGAAAUGAGUCUAUGGGUCAUAGAUACUGACUCUUCCUGCAGAGCUGUAGUUUGUCACAAGUCAUAACAGUUACAGAAAUGUUCAGAAGCAUUGCAGGCAAUCAGUAGUUAAAGUAUGGCAACACAUUUGAUCACUUUUGAUGCAUGUGCUAUGAAUCAAUAUGAUGAUGCUAAAUGAGCUUUAAGAGAUUAUGUCUCGGCUGAAGGAGGUGUUGGAUUUAAGCACGGUGAGAUUGAACACAUAAGCGUCUCUAGAUUGGAAUAUGUAUGAAUUUUUUAAACUGAGAAAGCUUGGUUUUGAGGAGGCCAAGGCUGUUGGAAUCUAUUUUGUGAGUUCCCCAAAUUCUUUUAAAGGCUUAUAAUUGGAACCUAUGUUUUUUUUUAAUCUUUUGGUUUUAGGCUCUGGACCCUUAACAAGCAAUUAUAUCAUUGAUGCAUCUAUACUUUACUAUGUUGGAAAUUAGACCCGAAUUGGAGCUUUUGAAAGAAAAUAACACUGCAGUUUACUCGUUGUGAAA